UUUAUAAAAAGACCGCGCCUUUGGACCCUCUAAACUCCUCUACUCCUUUUGCAAGAGAUCUGUAAAACAGGUCAGGUUAGCCUGGGUUUUCACGUUGAAAAGAUGAGAGGCAGAAAAAAAUCUACCAUUUUCCACCAUGCGGUUAAAAUUUUCUUCCUUUUGAACUGUGUGAUGACGGUCAGCUGCAGUAAGCGAAAGCUUACCUCUUUUGGGACACUUGGGACGAUUCAAUUUGAGGCUGGAGAUACGAUCCUCGUCCCUUGUAUUCCAGUGGCCGGACGUUUCACUUUUCCCUAUCACGCUUUUUUUGCCGUUUCUGAUGAGAAACUCUUUAGCGUGCAUGCAUCAAAAUCAAAAUGGAACGAAACGAGGCCUAUUAUAACUAAGCGAGGUGACUUAAAGGACGACAUGAAACUGCUCAAAGCAAAGGUGGUAAAGCCAGACCUCUCGAGUGAUAGAAAGCUCUUGGACCUGAACGCGAAAGCAAUCCCUCUCGCUUAUAGGAUGACCAAAACGGAUCUACCUUACAAUUUGUUCAAUUGCAACUGCAGACAUUACUGCGAUUUCCUCACCUAUGGCAAAACGUACGGGACUUAUUUAAACCCUGGCUAUCUACCCAUGAGCAAAAGGUGCCCUCUCGCAAAUGCCAUCGAAAUACGCGAUGGUAAGUUCCAACUCGAGGACAAGAAACAUCGCACAUACAACUUACACGGGCCUAGGUGGCUUGGUCCUAAGAAGGAUCAUGUUCUCAAGGUCGAGCACCCUGAACACACCUCAACCGCGGAUAAGUUGCGGCACGAUCCGGAUUCCGUUCUCAAGGUCAAGGAACACCAUGAACACACCUCAACCGCGGAUAAUAAGUUGCGGCACAAUCCAGAUUCCGUUCUCAAGGUCAAGGAACACCAUGAACACACCUCAACCGCGGAUAAUAAGUUGCGGCACGAUCCGGAUUCCGUUCCCAAGGGUAAGGGUAAGGUGCGGGGUCAUCAGACUCUGCAUGACCUAUUCAAAGAAUCUCACUAAGAUCCAGGCUCAGACCAAGGUUAGUAAGACGAAGAUAUGCUCCUCUAUAACAAACCAUUCAAAAUUGAUAAAAUGCUCAGUUGCGUCUAGAGUGCCUGUAUACGGGAGAGUAUUGCCAUCUCUGUGCCGCUCUCUGCUUGGUUCAUCAGUUUAAGGCUUUCAUGGAGCUCCUAAGUUGGCCCAAUGUAAACAAGCCCGACAGAGGAACACAUAUUAUCGGCUGGGAUAUGAAUGAUAAUCACACUCAAAGCUUAAUUUCCUGCAAAAAUAUUAAUCAAAGUUCGAUCAGAACUCAAUUCAGAAAUUGGAUAUAAACAAAUUCUAUCACAUUCAAAAUCACGUGUAGAGCUUUGUAGAACUUUGUCGUCAUCUUGUUUGUUUACAUCGGGUCAAACUAGGAGCGGAGGGGCUAGGGUUUCUUUACAUUGGGCCAACUUUGGGGCUCCGUGAUAGCCGACCUAUCAGAGAGCGGCACACUUUUCCUGUGGUAAAAGGAUUGAGAUGGCAGUACUCUCCCGUAUACACAGGUACUCUAGUCGCGUUGAUUUUUUUUUUUUUUUAGUUUUGGCGGGAAGUUUGAAAAAGGGUUCCGAUUCUGCGAUACUCGAUUCUCAUUGGCCCGCUUUUCUCUAAGUCUCUAACAAUUGUUUAGUGUGCCCGAGUCAUGGCCAGCACUGACUUCUUCGACCAACGUUUGGCUCGGUUGAAGAAGUUAGUGCUGGGCGUGACGUGGGCACUUAAUAAUUGGUCAGCACAUGGGGAAAAUCGGGCCAAUCCGGAUCCAAUUUUGCAGAAUUGGGAUCCUGUUUCAAAUUUAGCGCCAAGACUGGAAAAAAAAUCUAUGCAACUGAGCGUUUUGUCGAUUACGGAUGCUGGCAUUAGGGAGUAGUAUGCCUUCGUCCUAAAUACUCGGGCCAGUUCUUGAAACUUGCGGGCCGAUUAUUGUAAUUUUGUGUUUGUUGGUCGGACAUUGAUGACAAAGGUUAUGGCGGAGCGUGAUUGGUCGGUUAUGUCUUAUCGCUGCUUUGUCGUGCUUUUGUCACUUUGCUUUGUCAGGUGGAAUGGCCGACAUACAGUCGGAAACUCAAGAGGUCCCUUUAUCUUGUCAUGGGAUCCAUCGGACAAAGGCACGACAAAGCAGCGAUAAGACAUAACCGACCAUUCACGCUCCGUCAUUUUGGCUGAGUUUAUCAGAAAGGAACCAACAACCAACACACAUUUUCGAGAAAAUUGAGUUACGAAUGUUUAUGAGUUCUACGAGCCUUUUCACCUGCGAAAAACUGAAAGUCAAAAAUCAAAAGCAAAAAAUUGUGACAGGAUUAAAGUUUAUUUUUUACAUCGAGCUUAAUGCAAGAAUAAAACUUCAAACCUCUUUUUCUCAGUUUCAAAUUAAUAUGGGUUAGUUCCUUUCUGAUGAGCGCGGUCCAUUUAACUUAUGUCAUCUAUGUCCGCCCAACGAACACAAAAUUUUCCAAAAACCUUUCCAAAAACCAGAAAUCUUUUUCAAGUUUAUUAUGUAUUACAGUAGAUUAGAUUAUGAAGAUGAAGAAUAGGCUCUACACAUUUUUUUACCACUUCCCUCUUCCCCUAGAAGAUUACUGUGUAAAGUCUUUCAUCUGACAUUAUUAUAUUGUUUUCCUUUAAAUAAAUGAAAUUAUUACCCGAAAA